CUUCGGUUCAAUCUUAAUUCUCUUCAUGUUUAGACGGCAGGUUUUCCAAUAGCUGCUUUCAUUCUCUGUUUUCCUCCGUCCCGCUGACCUUGUGCCUCUAUGAGUGGAGAUAGAGAGGAAAGGUGGGGCUGAGGGGACCCUCUGCUGCUGGGCUCACUGUUACAUUUCUGGCUCCUUAAGCCUUCAGCAUGGACCAAACCUCCCUGGAUGUUCUGCUGUUGUCUUCUUGGCCUGUCUGACCAUCACUAUUGGCUACUGUAAGAAGAUUGUAAAAUCGCCUCAUCAUGACGCAGCUGGAAGCCUCUGAGGCUGGGGGGGAGCCCCCCUCCUCCUACAUCAUUUUCCUGGUGGUCUUCCUCUUCUUCCUAACUGGACUCCUGGGCUUCCUCAUCUGCCAUCUGCUGAAGAAGAAGGGCUACCGCUGCAGGACUGUAGACCCGGAGGACGAGGAGGACAAGCUGGAGGAAGAUGCUGAUGAUGAGAACGAUGAGAACCAGGACACAGUGGAGCAGAUCCUGAAAUGCAUCAUGGAGAAUGAAGCCAACAUGGAGGCCUUCAAUGAGAUGUUAGGAAACCGCAGCGUCUGCGUGCGCCAUGAUCCAAGGUUACGUAAGGAAUCUCUUGGUGGUGUUCCUCCCCAUCUCCAUACGGUGCACUCAGGCACCGACCACAACUCCUGCCUCCUCUGCGCCCAGGUUCGAGCCAAAAAGGGCCGCAGACAAAGCAGGACGCCCCGCUUCAAGCAGCAACCAGGAGAGCAGACUGUUUUUUCUGUCGGGAGAUUCCGGGUGACACAUUCGGAUAAGAAGUUUCAGGGGCGUCCAAACCCACUGGCUGCCUCGGGGGAGCAGUUGGACCAGUCCCAAGAUAGCGACGACAUAAAGGAGGACGGGUUCAAUCUGAAAAAUAUGUUCAAAGAAGUCCAGCCAGCUUCAGAUGGAGUCCAUGGCGUAGCGGCGAAUGUGGGGAAGAGAAAGAAAAGUAUGACCCUUUUUGGAUUAAGGCGGGGCAGUGAUCCUUUAGGUUUGAGAGUUAAAGAGAGGGCGGGGGCAGAUCCUCGGGGGGUUAGAUUUGCUGUUCAGCGGCCACCUGUAGUACUAGAGGAACCAGCCAAUCCAGAGCGCGGCACUAAACCCGGCGCCAAGAUGAAUAUCGCUCAGGGGGAAGUUAUAACUUCCAUUCUGAAACCAUCCUCCAAGUCUGAUUCUGUUCCCCAGGAAGGCCCCACCCUCGGGCUGAACUCUGACCUUCAAGACAAGACAAACACAGGAGCCUCAGCUCCUACCUCCCUCCCCAUCCCCACCGAAAGAUCUGUGAAUAUGGACAGUAAGGUAGAUCCUGGACCGCUACAGACUUCAACCCCUAUUGACACAAUACCUGCACCGGUUCCAGGAUCCAGCUCAGUCAUGCCCACUGCUAAGUCCAACUUCAAAAGGGACUUUAUGGCUGUCAGAGCCUCCUCUGACCCAUGUUCCAGCCCAGAUCCGGAGCCAACCGUUGGUGGUGGCCUUGCUUUAAUAAGCUUAGGUUCUUCUCCUGCAUCUUCUCUCCAAAACAAAACCUUUUCCUCAGUGUCCUCUUUAAAGACGCCUACCUCAUCCCUCAUAGAGUCACCAAGCCCCAAAAGUAGCUUACCAAACAUUAGCGUAGCAUUAGCACCACUAGCCCCGUGUUCUUCUCCAACUUCAGCUUCAUCUGGCUUGAUUUCUGUAAGAUCUACGAACCAAGAAGGCCUCCUUCCUGGUCCAUUCUCUAUAAAUGGACAGAAAGUAGAUAGACAGACAGAAGAACAGACGGAAACACAGAGGGCUGGAAUCCUAAAAACACCUAAACUGUCUCCACUUUCACCAGGAGGUCCAGCCUCUUCUUCUGAGCAGAGUUUUAAAGACAGACUGAGAGAUUUGCCUCUAUCGCCCUCCAGUCCAUUGUCCCCAUCCUCCCCCAAAGGGGGGAGGAUCAGUAGUGUGACCAUGAUUAAAGCCAGUCCUGACGGCAAGAGGCAGUUCUCUGUAACGACCACUGUGGAUAAAGACAGUGUCUCCUCAGUGUACCAGGAAGGGGAGGGCUCUGAAAAGAGUCCAGCUGUCAGAAGACAGGAAGAGACUUUAGCUGCUGAAUCUGAGACUCAGAGCAGAGGAAGCCGCGGACCAGAGACUAGACCAUACCUCAGCCAAGACAAGGAUGACAUGAUGGAGAUGGAGGACAUUAGAGACUGCAAGGUGACACAGGUGGAGGGAGGCCAGAAGCCCAACGAGGAGACCAUACUGGAUAACCGACCCAAACAGAACCAGGAGGGGAGGACUCUAGAAGAGGAGGAGCUAACUGCUUCCAGUAAUGUUUCAAGGAGAGAAGAGAUCCCAGGAACUGAACUAAAGGCAGAUAUGUAGAAUAAUAUAAAUGACAAAAUAAUAUUAUGUUAUCAUUGUUUGAUUCAUUUGGCUGCAGAUGAUGGUGGGAAAAUGUGGGUUGUUUUGUCUGUUUAGCCAUGAGUCCCAAACUGACACCAGACUGAUUGUUUCCUGCUGUGAAACUUCUGGUUUGCUCACAUCGUCUCCACCAGCAGGUUAUGGGUGAACGCUGCCGCUGGCAUCAUCCCCACCCAACAGUUCACUCUGUGCGUCAUUGCGUCUCAUUUACAUGUAUAGUCUAUGGGGGGCGGCCUCAAGAGUUCCAGCAGCGCGUUCCAUCGUCAAGAGAGCUGCAUCAAUGCGUUUUGGCGUCCGGGCUUCGGAAAGUUCGAACCUGGAGUGAAAAAGAUCAAAUUUUUUGGGGGAGACAGACUCUACCUGCAAGCUGCAUGGCUUCUGCAGACAUUCUGCUUAUGAAGAAUAAAAAUGAUGAAGGAGUUAAACUCCAGAGGUUAAAUAAAGCAGGUAGAAUUGAUUGUUAUGUAGAAGGAACAGAGAGCAGCUCUAAUCAUUAUUAAAUAAAACAUUUUUGAUGAACUAUGGAGAAACAGUUUCAAAAUACCCAAAUUAACUAGAAACGUUAAAACCUGCCGAUGAAAAAUAUUGGAUUAUAUAUUCUGGUUCUUGCAGUCUUC